AUGGAUUGUUUCUUAAAGCGAUUUUGGGAUUACUGUGGUGCAACAUUAGGUUGGCAAAGACGGCGAUUGGGUUAUUGGUGUCGAGCGGAAUUCGUGGCAAUAGUGGUUAUUGGUGAAGGUUUGGGGCAUUAUCUAUCAAACAAUGGUGGAUUACCAACCUUAUUUUCAUCCGUUCGAAUGCUCGGACGAUUUCCGAAAAAUAUCGAAUAUCAGGGAAGGCGAAUGUUCGUUCUGCGUCGUCAUUUCGCGGCUUCUACUUAUAAAAGACAACGGUUGCUGCAAGAAUAUAAACGUGAUAUUGCUCCUCAUCUAUGGGCUGCUUUGCUUAAUAUUUCAUAUGAUAUGAUUAGACAGUUUGAAUUUGUGGAUAUUUACUGA